AUGCGAAUACCCUCUUCCCUCCUUAUCACCUCUUUCCUGCCAGCUCUAACCGCUGCCUCCGGCACCUUCGACUGCAAGAACAUCCGCGCCGACGGCUUCAAAUAUGACCUCAGCGCCCUGGGCGGAGUGCACGAGCUCUCCGUCAUCAACGAGUCGGACGACUACAUCACCAACACCACCUACGUGCUGAACAUCUGCAACAUCCUCAAGGGCUCGGCGAUCCGCGGACAUCUCAAAUGCGGCACCAGCAAGAACAUCUGCGGCUUCGAAUACAAGACCUCCCGCGACGGCCUCGAAGAGUCCAGCCGCGCCUUCCCGAUCGUCGGCCUCGACCCCCUGGGCCACGGCACCAAAGACGCCGAAGUCACCCGGCUCAAGCAGAUCGACGCCGACCGCGAGGGGUUGCAGGUCAAAAUGGAGGGCGGCGAGUACCUCGACGACGAGCACAAGAAGAAGAGCGCGCGGGCGGUGAUUGAGUUCCAGUGUGAUCCCGACCGGUCGGGAUUGGAGGGCUUGUCUGACGUGAGCGGUAAGGAUGAAGAUGAGGAUGAGGAUGAAGGCGAGCCGGCGCGGAGACGGCUGCGCGCCCGCGAGGACGGCGAGGAGCCCCCCGCUGACGGUGGUGAUGGCGACCGGCCGCACAGUCUGACGUUCAAGAGCUUCGGCCCGGCGGACGAUGACUCGUACGUCCUGCGGCUGGACUGGCGGACGCGGUAUGCGUGCGACCACUACCUGGAGGAUAAGAAGGGGGAUUCGUCCGGACACUGGGGGUUCUUUACGUGGAUGAUUCUGAUGUAA